AUGGAGGCUUUAGAGAAAAUAAUCGCACGAGAAGGUUCUGCUGAUACUUUAGAACCUCAAGUAUACUUCUAUAGCCUCGGCAUUAAAUACGGAAGUUACCCCCGACUCCGAACCAACUUCAAACUAUUUGCAGUUGCCAGCCUAGGAAAAGAAAAUGAGAUAUCAUCCAUCCAGUUUGAAGGCGUGAUGCGUUGUUUACACAACAAAAAGUGCGUGCCCAGAUCUAUGAACGCCCACCAAAGACCUCGUGAAGUCAUUCUUCGCAUUAGAGUGGUUCGUGUUUGCCCAGGUCAGCACGAAAGGUGGCCAUCAGUAAGCUAA